UUCGUGCAUCGAGCACCGAGUCGGUUCUCCUGAGCCAUGUCAACCACUGUGGUAGCUGCGAGUCUGUUCUUACUUGCCUCGUUUCUCGGUCGUACCGUCUCUCAAACGCCCAUGAACAUGCUGAUAGUGAUAGAGGAAGCAGAUAAGGAGAUGCUAAACAUCCUGAACGAUGCUGUACCUCAGGCAGAGAAGAAUUUUGGCGAGGAUGUCAUCACCGUGCACAUUUCGACAGUCCAAAUGGAACGUGCGAACGUGGACAGCAGCUUCAAGGAAGUAUGUGCUGCCUUAUUUAAGGGAAUCAGUAUCAUACUCGACAUGACCUGGACCGGUUGGGAUCGUCUACGGAAUUUGGCCGACCAGAACGGAAUAAUAUACAAACGGGGUGAUAGCAAUACAAACUCGUACAUCCAAGCGAUCGACGAUCUUUUGAUGUUGAAAAACGCCACGGACGUCGGUCUGAUCUUCGAAGAUGAAAGGGAGUUGAAUCAAAGUCUCUACUAUUUAAUCGGGAACUCGAUCAUAAGGUUGGUAGUGAUUGACGAUUUCACGGAGAAAACAGUGUCGAAGAUCAGGGCAAUGAGACCAUCGCCGUCCUAUUACGCGAUCUACGCGAACACCGCCAAAAUGGACGAUUUUUUCAAAACGGCCGUGCAAGGAGGUUUGGUUAAAAGACACGGGAUAUGGAACUUGGUCUUCACUGACAACAAUUACAAGGAGUUUAAAUACAUCAACGGGAAUCUGCAGCUGAACGUCUCGAUUACUAUACUAUCGAUGAAGUCGAAUGUUUGCUGCAGACUGCUCGGUUUGCCAUCGAAUUGCAGUUGCCCGCCCGACGUUAAAAUAUUCACGCUUUACUUCAGACGAUUGAUUGGACUCGUAGUGAGUCUGAUGAGCGAUCUGCAAGCGUCUGGUACCAGCAUGGAACCAAAGACUGGCCGAUGCUUCUCACAAAACGCGAGCCAAGCUUCGAACCUCACGUCCGAGGCGUUCAACAAGAAUCUAAUAGCGAAAUUAGGGAACAACGACACGUUCGAGUAUUGGUCAGAGAAAGGGAUAAUUACGUACAAAGCUGAGAUUGUAUUGGAGACGGUUGAGAAUGGGUCUCCGGAGCUGCUGGCCACUUGGACGAGGCAUAGCAAGAUCAAAGAAGCUGACAGGAAGAUAAAGCCUGCCAAACGAUUCUUUCGCAUCGGAACUACUCCUUCGGUGCCUUGGACCGUGCCAAAAUUGGACGCAGAUGGAAAUGUCAUGAAAGAUGUUAAUGGAAAGGAUUUGUGGACUGGUUAUUGCGUGGACUUUGUGCAGAAAUUGUCCGAGGAGAUGGAUUUUGAUUACGACCUCGUUGUACCGGCGGAUCGUCAAUUUGGGAAGAAAUUGCCUAAUGGACAAUGGGAUGGAUUGAUCGGUGACCUCGCUAAAGGGGAAACAGACAUGGUGGUGGCAUCACUGACGAUGACUUCCGAACGGGAGGAGGUGAUCGAUUUUGUCGCUCCUUAUUUUGAACAAUCCGGGAUAUUAAUCGUAAUGAGAAAACCCGUCCGCAAGCCGUCUCUCUUCAAGUUCAUGACGGUGCUUAAAGUCGAGGUCUGGUUAAGCAUCGUGGGAGCAUUGACGUUAACUGGCAUCAUGAUUUGGAUACUUGACAAGUACUCCCCUUACAGCGCCAGGAAUAAUAGACGGCUGUAUCCGUAUCCUUGUCGGGAAUUCACGUUGAAGGAAAGUUUUUGGUUCGCUUUAACGUCUUUUACACCCCAAGGUGGUGGCGAAGCUCCUAAAGCGUUAUCGAGCAGAACGUUAGUGGCUGCUUAUUGGUUGUUCGUCGUCCUAAUGCUCGCUACCUUCACUGCUAAUUUGGCUGCGUUCCUCACUGUGGAAAGGAUGCAGGUUCUUCAGUUUGAUGGAAUUUUACACGUAUCUCCUAUAAAAGUAAAAGUUGUGCACCUUUUGAGAACGCGCGUCUUGUUUCAGUCUCCUGUACAAUCUUUGGAGCAGUUAGCGAGACAGUCAAGAAUUAAUUAUACCGUGGUCGCUAAUUCCGGCCAGCAUCAGUAUUUCAUGAAUAUGAAGAACGCAGAGGAUAAAUUGUACACCGUUUGGAAAGAAAUUACGUUAAACAGCACGAGCGAUCAGGUGGCAUACCGAGUCUGGGACUAUCCAAUCAAGGAACAAUACGGUCACAUCUUGCAAGCGAUUACACAGGUCGGCCCAGUUGCAAAUUCCAAAGAAGGUUUCCAAAAGGUGAUAGAAAGCGAGAAUGCAGAGUUCGCUUUCAUCCACGAUUCGGCGGAGAUAAAGUAUGAGGUAACGAGGAACUGUAAUCUGACGGAGGUUGGAGAGGUGUUUGCGGAACAGCCUUAUGCAAUUGCUGUUCAGCAGGGAAGCCAUCUGCAAGAGGAGAUAAGCAGAAAGAUUCUAGAUUUGCAGAAGGACAGGUAUUUCGAAUCAUUGGCGUCCAAGUACUGGAAUCAGACGCUGAAAGCGCAGUGUCUAAAUUCCGACGACAACGAGGGGAUAACGUUGGAAAGUUUGGGCGGAGUGUUCAUUGCAACUCUUUUCGGACUCGCCCUGGCGAUGAUCACGUUAGCAGGGGAGAUAUUCUAUUAUCGGAAACGUAAUACGCAGGAUAAGCAGAAAGAGAAGAAGAAAGGGAAGAACGUCGACAAGGACAAGCUGAUGAUCCAGAAAUUAGCCUCGAAAUUGCAGAUGAAACCGGCGCCGACCCCAUUCUUCGAGAAAACGACGAAUCCUCCUCGCGUGUCACACAUCUCCGUCUAUCCUCGCAAUUUCCCCUUCAAGGAAUAAAAAUCCAGCUGUCAGAACAACCGAGAAUAGAAUUUGUAACAAGAAAUGUUCUCGCAGAAGCGAGAUCAACUCACUCUGUAAACCGAUGAAAUAAAAAUUUUCGUUCGAUGAUCAUUUCAAUUGCAAGAUAAAAGUGAAAUUAAUGUCUUUAGCUAAAAAAAAAAAAAAAAAAAAAAAAAAAAAUAGGAAAGGAAAAAAGAGUUUGGUUCGUAAGAAGCAAUAUCUUUCACUGUUUCGCAAUGUUUGUCGAUUUUUCACGCCUCUCACGAGCUCCGGAAACAAUCGUGAAUCGAUCGAUUAUUAUAAACGAUAUCUGGUCCCUUUCGAAUCGUUAAAAAGGUGUUUCACUUUCGUUUUCAACUUCGACUCUGUACUAGCGAUUUGUAGUUGUACGUGAAUGAAGAUUCGAGAGAUGUUU